AUGAUGGGUUGGUGCGUCGCCGCAUUGACCACCACGGACCGUGCGGGACACCCGGUCCCCGAGGAGCGCGUCAAACGGUGGCUCAACUAUCCCAUUAAUGGUGGUCUGGCGAAAACAGUGUUUGGGAUCGUUGUCCCUAUCCACUUCCACCAUCCGUUGCCCCGGGUCAUCGUCAACACGUACAACCUGCAGGCCAGCUACCGUAUUCCAGCCAACAUUAUCUAUCCGACCCCCGAAACGAUCUUCAACAAUCGUGCCUUCGACCAGCCCCAGCAGCCCGACGCGGCUCGAGCGGCCCUCUACGCUGUACUCGAGCGUUCCUUCGACCGACCAUCGGACGGGGCCAUUGCGGGGAGCGUUGGCCGCAACGGUCGGGCCUGUCUGCUGCGGGCCAUCUGCGAGGUCGCCGCCACACCGUUCGCCCAUAACGGACUGAUUGGCGAAAUAAUCGAUGUGAUUUUCACACCAAACCCUUCCGAAGCCAUCGAUCCAGUGUACCGGUUGGCACAAGAGCGCGGCAGACAGCAACAUGACUGCUUGCGGCUCUAUCCAUCCUGCCCCAAAGGACUGGGCAUCUUCGACAGCAUUUCCUUUGUGGUGCAGCAGCAACAACAGCAGCUGUAA